AUGCAGGCCAAGAAGCGGUACCUGCUUGUGUCUGUGGGGGCCGGUCUUCUCUUCCUCGUCUACCUGUGGGCUCUGCAAAUCGGGGAGUUCCAUCAGCAGCCGUACCAAUAUCGCCAGUUUCCCCAGUACCCCCAGUAUCACCAGUACCACCAACAGGAAUACCAGUACUACCACCAGAGUCAGGACGUGUACCAGCCCCAGCCGCUGCCUCAGAGAACCCCGUCCAGACCGCCCAGGCACUGGCCGGAGUCGACAGAGCUGCUGGAGCCAUAUCUGGAGGGAGGAGAGCAGGAGGAGGACAGCCCUCAGCUCCAUCACCAGCACACCUCCCCUCGUGAACGACGGGCCAUCCGUGACAACAUCUACAAGAACAAGCGCUGCCGCAUGGAAACCUGCUUCGACUUUGCUCGCUGCCAGUCAGGAUUCAGGAUUUACAUCUACCCUCCGCAAAGAGGGGAUGAGAUCUCAGAGACCUACCAGAAGAUCCUGUCCUCCAUCGAGGAGUCUCGCUUCCACACCACGGACCCUUCGCGGGCCUGUCUGUUCAUUCUGGCUGUGGACACCUUGGACAGGGACCAGCUCUCAGCUCAGUAUGUCCAGAACGUCAGAUCUCGCAUCCAGAGUCUGCCGACCUGGAAUGAUGGCAGGAACCACCUCAUAUUCAACCUUUACUCUGGCACCUGGCCGGACUACACAGAGGAUCUAGGCUUUGAGGUGGGCCAAGCAAUGCUGGCCAAGGCCAGUGCGGAUGUGGUCAACUUCCGACCUAACUUUGAUAUUUCCAUCCCUCUAUUCUCUAAAGAUCACCCGCUAAAAGGAGGGGGCAUAGGCUAUCUGACGCUCAACGAUGCACCGCCUUCCAGGAAGUACCAGCUGGUUUUCAAAGGGAAGCGGUACCUAACUGGCAUAGGUUCGGAGACGAGGAAUGCUCUGUAUCAUAUCCACAAUGGGGAAGAUAUUAUUCUGCUGACCACGUGUAAACAUGGCAAAGACUGGGAGAAACACAAGGACUUUCGCUGUGACAGAGAUAAUGAAGACUACUUAAAGUUCGACUACCAGGAGCUGCUUCAUAACUCCAGCUUCUGCCUGGUGCCGCGAGGCCGACGUCUUGGAUCCUUCCGCUUUCUGGAGGCCUUGCAGGCCGCCUGUAUUCCGGUUAUUUUGAGUAACGGCUGGGAGCUUCCCUUCUCCGAAGUGAUUGAUUGGAGGAAAGCCGCCAUUAUUGGAGAUGAGCGACUGCUGUUACAGGUUCCCUCCAUUAUCCGAUCUGUGGGCCGUGACAGGAUCUUGGCUCUCCGCCAGCAGACUCAGUUCCUCUGGGAUGCCUACUUCUCCUCUGUAGCCAAAAUAGUCUUAACGACUCUGGAGAUCAUCCAGGACCGUGUGGACUCUCAUAUAUCCAGAAACCGGUUGUUGUGGAACUCCCUGCCUGGUGGUCUCUACACUCUCCCGCAGUACUCGACUGACCCGGCCCAGUUCCCUUUUUACUAUGCCAUACUGGGUAAGAGCCCGUCGCAGCAGUUCACAGCUGUGAUCCAUACGGUAACUCCUCUGCAGUCCCAGAUCUCCCCCGUGGUGAAGCUCAUCAUCGCUGUAGCCAAGUCCAAGUUCUGUGCACAGAUUGUGGUUUUAUGGAACUGCGACAAGCCUUUACCUCCUAGAAACAAGUGGCCCUCCACCAGCGUGCCUCUCUCUGUCAUUGAAGGACAGACCAAGACGAUGAGCAGUCGUUUUUUCCCUCACGACAUCAUCAUCACUGAUGCUGUUCUCAGUCUGGAUGAAGACUCGGUUCUCUCAACCAAUGAGGUGGAUUUUGCCUUUAUCGUGUGGCAAAGUUUCCCCGAGCGCAUCGUCGGGUAUCCAGCACGGAGCCACUACUGGGAUAGUUCCAGAUCGCGCUGGGGCUACACUUCCAAGUGGACCAAUGACUACUCCAUGGUCCUGACAGGAGCUGCUUUCUACCACAGAUACUACCACUACCUGUUCACUCACUACAUCCCGUCCAGCCUGCUGACUAUGGUGGACCGCAUGGCUAACUGCGAAGACAUCCUGAUGAACUUCCUAGUUUCAGCUGUUACCAAGCAACCGCCAAUCAAAGUAACACAGAAGAAGCAGUACAAGGAAACCAUGAUGACCCAGGGUUCCAAGGCGUCUCGGUGGGCUGACCCGGACCACUUCGCACAGCGACAGACCUGCAUGAACGCCUUCAGUCACUGGCUGGGUUUCAUGCCCCUAGUGCACUCCCAGAUGAGGUUGGACCCUGUUCUGUUCAGGGACCAGGUUUCCAUACUGAGGAAGAAAUACAGGGACAUUGAGAGGCUGUGA